AUGUGGCUGCCAGGGUCCCACCACCUGGAACUGAACACUCAUCUCUCCCCAGGGCCCCCAGCGUCAGCCCCCCAAGGGGACCUGCUCUUCCUGCUGGACAGCUCAGCCAGCGUGUCUCACUACGAGUUCUCCCGGGUUCGGGAGUUUGUGGGGCAACUGGUGGCUCCACUGCCCCUGGGCCCCGGGGCCCUGCGUGCCAGCCUGGUGCAUGUGGGCAGCCAGCCACACACCGAGUUCCCCUUCAGCCAGCACAGCUCAGGCGAGGCCGUCCAGGAUGCCGUCCAUGCCGCGGCCCAGCGCAUGGGUGACACCAACACCGGCCUGGCGCUGGCCUAUGCCAAGGAGCAGCUGUUUGCUGAGGCGGCAGGUGCCCGGCCAGGAGUGCCCAAGGUGCUGGUGUGGGUGACAGAUGGUGGCUCCAGCGACCCCGUGGGGCCCCCCAUGCAGGAGCUCAAGGACCUGGGCGUCACCGUCUUCAUUGUCAGCACGGGCCGCGGCAGCCUCCUGGAGCUGUCGGCUGCCGCAUCAGCCCCGGCGGAGCAGCAUCUGCACUUUGUAGACGUGGACGACCUCCACAUCAUCCUCCACACGCUGAGGGGCGCCAUCCUCGAUGCGAUGCAGCCCCAGCAGCUCCGAGCCUCCGAGGUCACAUCCAGCAGCUUCCGCCUGACCUGGCCACCCUUGCUGACCGCCAACUCUGGCUACUACGUGCUAGAGCUGGUGCCCAGCGCAGAACCUAGUGCGGCGAGAUUCCAGCAGCUGCCGGGGAAUGCCACGCACUGGACCUGGGUCGGCCUCAAUCCUGACUCAGAGUACGAUGUAGCACUGGUGCCCGAGUCCAACGAGCACCUUGUAAGGCCUCAGCGCCUGCGAGUGCGCACAAAGCUGGGUGGGAUGGGGCUGGGGGCUGCAGAUGGGGGCGCUGGGCCCCAGGUUUCCCCGGCCCCACCCACUGAGGAGGCUGGGCCGCAGCGCGUGGUCAUCUCUCAGGCCCGGCCCCGCAGCCUCAGCGUGAGCUGGGCCCCGGUGCAGGCGGCGCUCAGCUAUCAUGUACUGUUUGGGCCUCUGCAGGGUGGCGUGGCCCAAAGGGUGGAGGUGCCCGCGGGCCGCAACAGCACCAUAUUGCAGGGCCUGGCACCAGGCACCGCCUACCUGGUGACGGUGACCGCAGCCUUCCGCUCAGGCCGCGAGAGUGCCCUCUCAGCUAAGGCCUGCACACCCGAUGGCCCACGGCCUCGCGCCCCGUGCCCAGAGCGUCCGGAUGCCAGGGACAGAGGCCCAUGA